AUGAGCGAAGUAGGACUGGUCGAGGCGAUCCAGUCCAAGCACCCAGGGUCCCAUCAGGCCACUUACCAGCGGAACCUCCGUGGGUAUCCGAUUGACGGUAUCUUUGCGAUGCCUGACGUGCCCAUCCUGGCCGCCGGAUACUACCCUUUUGACGAACAUGUCGCCUCCGAUCACCGUGGCCUGUGGAUCGACUUUGACUUGCACAGUCUCCUCGGCGGACACCAACCUACGAAACCCACCCAUGUUCCACGCCGGCUGGUGAUGCACAACAAAUGGGUGGUUCAACGAUAUGUCCAAUUGGCGGAGCAGGGUUAUAUGCGGUACAAUAUUCCGGGUCGUCUCUCUACCCUAGGAUUCGAAGUUGCCCGACAGCAGGGCGUCAUCACCAAAUCCCAGGCGGUCAGAUUCGAUCGGAUACACGCUGAUGCCUACACAGUUCGACGGUUGGCGGAGCAGAACUGCAGGAAGUUGUCGAUGGGCGGGGCAGAAUGGUCUCCUAAAGGCCAACCCAUUCGGGAUCGGAUCACCUUGUGGCGCCUUCUCCUCAAGGGCCGACGUCAGUGCCGGGUGAGCUCCAGGAAGGUUCGCCGCCUGCUGCUCAAGACGAACGAGCCUUUGGCCUGGAAGUUGACCACAGCCGAACUUGAGUCCCAUCUCACCCAAGACCUUGGUCAAUAUAGAGACGCCAAGAGGGGCCUCACUUCUAAAUGGCGGAAGGCUCAUGUCACUACUCGUACCCAGAGCAUUGCUAAAGUCCGCCACAAGACGGCAAGCCAACGAGAACGAUAUCACCGCUUAAGGUCCAUGAAGCAACGCGAGGAGACUCGUCGGAGGCGCAAGGCUCGUUCCUCCGGUUUGUCUGGCGGUCUAAGGGCCAUUCAAGUCGAACUGGAGGACAGCUCUGGCAAUUGUCGGUUACAGACCAUUACUGACCCGACGUCGGUUGAAGAUGGAUGCAUGCAAGAAAAUAGGGCCAGGUACCAACAAACCCAGACCCCACAUCCAACUCCUCCCAUGUCUGAGCCUCUCUACACUAUGUUCACGGGCCCUGACGCCGACAACAACCAACAACUUCUUCUGGAGGGCAAACUCCCCAUCCCUGGUGGCCUGGCUUACCCUACCCAAGCCUUCCUUCGCCACUGUCGACUGCACGACAGUUACCGGCCUCGUCCUUUCCCCUUGACGGUUGAAGAGCUCGUGGACUUUUGGAGUCGCACUCCUGAGAACAAGGGUUCUGAGCCCCACGGCCUCCAUAAUGGCCACUUCAAGGCAGGCGCCCUCUCGGAACUGUUGGCUUCUUGUGAUAUGGCGUUUUGGGACCUUCCACUCCGUUCAGGCCAUGUUCCGGAACUCUAG